GGCGGGGAGGCCGGAGCGGGGAGCCGGGGCCGGCGGCGGAGCGGCGGGAUGCGGCGGGGCCGGGGCUGGUGGCUGACGGCGCUGGCCGCCGUGCUCCUGGUGGCCGCGGCCAGAGCCCAGGUGCACCAGAAGCCAUCGGCGGAGACCACCGAGGGGACCAGCAUCAGCCUCAGCUGCUCACACCCCAGUAUAAAAUCUUACGACUUCAUCUACUGGUACCGCCAGCUCCCGGGCCAAAGCCCCACGUACAUCGCGAGCGGUAGCGAAGGGACCUCACUGGUGCAGGACCCUCCGGGGCGGCUCUCGGUGGCGGCAGACCGGCGGUCCAGCUCCCUGUGGCUGACCCGGCCCCAGCUCCGGGACGCGGCGGUGUACUACUGCGCCUUAUUUAUUGGAGUAGGUAUUAGCAAUGUGUGAACAGACAAGCUCGUAUUUGGAAGUGGCACCACUCUCACAGUUGAACAAAACAAUCGAGAACCUUCUGUCCCACAAGUCAUCAUGUUGAAAUCAAAGAAACUAGAAGAUAGCACUGGGAAAGCAGCUUGUUUGGCAAGGAAUUUCUCUCCAAAGAACAUCAGCUUGGAAAUGUCCCCUAAUGAGGUUGUAUAUGAACACAGUACAUCCAUCUUGACAUCAGAAGGGUUGUACGAUGCCAUUAAGGUGGUCAGCAUGGCAAAUGGCACAGAGGUGACCUGCACGGCCAAAUUCUACGGCAGAACUAUUACACCAGAAAAGGAGGCUGACGAACCAGGAACAGGGAAGGUUUGCAACACCGCAGACACCUUGGCUCCAGAUACCAAAGUGGAGAAAGCCAACACGCUGUCUGUGGCUGUGCUGGGUUUGAGAGUCCUGUUGGCAAAAAGCAUCGCCCUCAAUACGCUCAUGACUAUCAAGCUGUUUCUUUUCUGAGACAGGGGGAAGCCAGGCAACAGCAAUGUGCAGAACAGCAGGAGAGAGCGUGUAGCAGCGGCACAACAGGUUGCACAGCCAACGUCAAAUCCGCUGGCAACAACCACGGAACACAACAGGGCACCUUCCCCUUGAGCCAUUUCAGACUGCUGAAUCCUGCAUAGCGAGUUCAUUUAGUUUUAAGAGUUGUAACUGCUUCUGCUGCUUCUUUUUCUCUGUGAACUGAGGAGGGUGUAUUCUUCCUCAUCCCCCUGCUGAGCAGAAAUUGAUUUCCCCACUCUCCCAGCCUUUGCAUGGAAUUACCCAGCCUGCUUCUAUAGUUUUGAAAAAUCCAAUCCUCACUGUAGAUACACAACCCUCUUAAAACACCUUUUGCAGGCAUGUUGCAUUACUGUCUGUAGCACUGAUGUAUUACUGCUGAGGGAAUUAAGGCACAGUACGUGCUAUUUAUAGCUUUAAUGGUUUUUAGAUAGCUUUAAUGACAGCAAGUUUCUAGUGUAGAUGAGAAGACCUGUGUUGGAUCUGAAGUGAUUAAAUUCAACCAGAUAAAGUUCAACCAUAGAAGCAUUUCUUUAUUAAACCUACAUUUCUUCUGCAAAGUGUAUGGCACAUGCAUUUUAGGUUACUGUAGUAGUAACCAAAAUAAAGUUUUACUAAGCCAAAA